GAAGUGUCAUUUUCCGUUAACUACCAAUUCAAAGGGACAUUGCCCAAACCGUUUCGCUGUUCUACCUAAUUUCGGUUUCUUUUCGUAAUAAUAUCAAGUUUGGAAAAUUUUAAUCUUGGAGAUAUUAUACGUUAAUUUUCAUUCGAUUUUAGUGAGAGUAUUUCUUUGGAAAAACGAAACUAGAGAUAAUUCACGAACACAAUGUGAUUAGAUCUUACGGUAUGGCUAAUGUGCAGUUGUCUAAAGCUCUCGUCAAAUUGUUAAGACAUGAUGCCAGAGGGUUGCACCUCACGAAGGAAGGAUAUGCAAAUGUUGAUGACAUACUUGAACUCUCAUACUUCAAUGGUUUUGACGAGGAUGACAUAGAAAGAAUAGUAGAUAGGGAUAAUAAAGGGAGGUUUGCCAAACGAACAAACGGAGGACAACUUCAAGUCAGAGCAACACAAGGACAUAGUAUUCGGCUUUCUGAUCCAGAGUUAGAGCCAAUUACUCAUUCUAGUCAAGCAAGGGUCGUUCUUCAUGGAACCAGGCGACGAAAUUUUGACAGUAUUCGGCAAACUGGUAUAAGUCGCAUGAACAGAGAUCAUAUUCAUUUCGCUCCCGCUGAACAUGGUGCUAUGAGUGGUAUGCCUGUUAAGUGUGAUAUGGCCAUUGAAAUAGACAUCGGGAAAGCUCUGAGAGAUGGAAUAAAAUUUUACAAGUCUGAGAAUGGAGUGAUACUUAGUCCUGGAGAUAGAAAUGGCUGUAUCCCAACAAAAUAUUUUAGUAGAGCCUAUGAUCUCAAGACAAGGCAGACGAUUGAGUUCUGAAGCAGACUGCAUGCAGAUAGGAGAUAUGUUAAUCUUUAACAUCGAUAAUUUCAUUUUAACCUUUUAUACAUUGUAUUAGGUUUAUAAUUAAUUGAUAUGUGAUUUGUUUUAUUUUCAUUAAAUUUUAUUUCUUGUCCAA